GGCGCAUCUGGCAUCAACCCUCUUACAUGAGGAUAAGACCGUAUUCAUCUCUUGUCCGUCCAUUCUCAAGAACAUUCAGUAUCAUGUCUUCUGCCGCAGCAGCUUCAAAUUCGAGUCCCAAUGAUUUCACUCAGCCGUUGAACAAGACGGCUCACGCGUUUGACAAGAAUGACUUUGACGCCAUUCUAUCUCGACGAUUCUUCUUCAUUCCUUCUUUUGAAAUCUAUGGCGGUGUCGCUGGACUAUACGACUAUGGUCCACCUGGAUCUGCUCUGCAGGCAAACAUUCUGGACGUCUGGCGAAAACACUAUAUCAUCGAAGAGGAUAUGCUGGAGCUCGAUACGACCAUCAUGACGUUGUCUGAUGUUCUCAAGACUUCAGGUCACGUUGACAAGUUCGCCGACUGGAUGGUCAAAGACUCCAAGACUGGGGAGAUUUUCCGAGCGGAUCACCUCGUCGAAGCAGUCAUUGAAGCGAGGUUGAAAGGCGACAAAGAGGCUCGAGGUGUCACGGAACAACCUGCGGAAGAGGAAGGCGACAAAAAGAAGAAGAAGAAAAAGGUCAAGCACGUCGCUAUCAAACUUGAAGAUUCUGUCGUCGAGGAAUACGAGAGUCUCUUGGCUCAGAUUGAUAACUAUACUGGACCAGAGCUUGGCGAAUUGAUGAAAAAGCACAAGAUUGUGAACCCAGAGACUGGGAAUGACAUGACAGAGCCAGUCGAAUUCAACUUGAUGUUUGAGAGUAACAUUGGUCCCACUGGUCAAGUCAAGGGCUAUCUUCGCCCUGAGACUGCCCAAGGUCACUUUGUCAACUUUGCUCGUCUUCUCGAGUUCAACAAUGGUCGAGUUCCCUUCGCCUCUGCUCAGAUCGGUAAAUCGUUUAGGAACGAGAUCGCCCCGAGACAAGGUCUUUUGCGAGUCAGAGAAUUCACCAUGGCGGAAAUUGAGCACUAUGUCGACCCUACCGAUAAGCGUCAUGCGAGAUUCAAUGAAGUCAAGAGUGUCAAAUUAGCGCUGCUGCCGAAAGAUGUUCAGCAGGAAGGCAAGACCGACUUGACCUCCAUGACCGUUGGUGAUGCCGUCGGACAGAAAAUCAUCGACAACGAGACGCUUGGUUACUUCCUUGCGAGGACACAACUGUUCCUCGAAAAGAUCGGUAUCGACCCGACUAGACUGAGAUGCCGUCAACACAUGGCCAAUGAAAUGGCACACUACGCUGCAGAUUGCUGGGACUUUGAAAUCCAAUCAUCUUUCGGAUGGAUCGAAUGUGUAGGAUGUGCCGACAGAUCAGCGUACGACUUGACAGUUCACUCCAAGAAGACAAAGCAGCCACUUCGUGUGCAACAGAGCUUGCCCGAACCUCGCGUCGUCGACAAGCUCGAAUGCGUGUUUGAGGCCAAAGCAUUCGGAUUGCAAUUCCGGAAAGACGCUGGAAUGCUCAAGGAGCACCUGUCGACCAUGGAGAAGGAGCAACUUCAGGUCGUCAAAGACGACUUGGAGAAGAACGGCUCGGCCAAGGUUCAGGGUCCCGAUGGCAAGACUUAUGAAGUCACUUCCGACCUUCUCUCGAUCAACCCGAUCACCGUUACAGAGCAUAUCCGUGAAUUCAUUCCCAACGUCAUUGAGCCUUCCUUCGGAAUCGGUCGAAUCCUUUACUCCCUGCUCGAGCACUCAUUCUGGGCUCGUGAGCAGGACAAGGCACGAGGUGUCCUCUCCCUUCCCUCUGUCGUGGCGCCGAUCAAAUGCUUGAUUGUGUGUCUGAGUCAAGAUCCUCAGCUUCGAGUUCUUAUCCAUGAUAUCUCCCGCAAACUCCGUCGAAUCGGUGUCUCGAGCCGUGUCGACGACUCGAGCGCCUCCAUCGGCAAGAAGUACGCUCGAAACGAUGAACUCGGUACACCGUUCGGGUGCACAGUGGACUUUGCCUCGCUCAAAAAUGGCACAAUUACUUUGCGCGAACGAGACUCUACGGCUCAACUCAUCGGUCCCAUCGACACUGUCAUCUCCGUCGUCGAUCAAUUGGUCAAGGGCACCAUUGACUGGCAAGGUGCCACCGAGCAAUUGGACACUUACAGUGGGGUCCAGGACGUCGAUUAGAUGUUAUGCAUAUAGACAUGAUCAUGAGAG